AUAGCUCAGUGCUCCGCUUUCUCCCGCUCUUUCUCUUUCUCUUUCCCAGUUUCUUAUUGAAGCACACUCCACGUUCUCCAUUGAGUCGCGACUUCUGAUAUUUCUAUCCUCCAUAGAAGUUGCUUCUCAGAAUCCUUUAGUAUUAGACUGAAAUUAUGAAGUUGGAUCAUUUCUCUCUGGUCCAGGGCGAUCGCCCCUCCUGCCCUGGCUGGGACGGAACUGUUAGUGCAUUUCGACAUCGAACAACAUCGGAUGUGCCUGGUGAUAUUUUACAAGAUCCCUUGAUGGGCUCUAGCAGUGCAAAUGUGCAAGCCACUGAAGUUAAGCAUGAGGUGUUUAACGAGUUUGAUGAUGCUCUUGAUAAUGUUAUGUUGAAAGGACGGCGAAAGAUGUUCUAUGAGUUUGAUGAUGCUCUUGACAAUGUUACGUUGAAAGAACGACGCAAACUGCUACGAUCAAGGAAAGUCAUGCAGUCUUCCACAUCAAAUAUGGAGGGCGGAAGCCAUACUUCUUUUAUUCAAUCAAUUGUCUUGUAAUGCUAUAUUUUCUCUUUGUGGAUUGUUCUUUAUGACGAUUCAUGUUAGUUGACCUUGUUGUUGUUGUGAUGAUCAUACAUCCUUUUAAGGCUAAAAAUUUAUCUAUAUUAAGGUAAAAUAUGAAAAAAAUGAUUUCCAAUCAUGUAUGUAUCGCCAAAAAUUGAUUAGGUAUAAUCUCUUGUUUGAGACAACAAAGGAAAGAAUACUAGGGGUAAGCUUGUGGAAAUCUUAUCAUAGUAUUGAGCCUUGCUAAGCAAGCCUUUCAUAUUGGAGGCUUCACCUUUGAGAUCUCACUUUUCGUUCUCGACUAAUGCGUUAUUUG